AAUAUAACGUUCAACUAUUGAAAUAAACCAAUCAAAAUCUUUAAUUCGUCUGAAUUGUCCAAUCAAAAUGAGUUUGUUUUCUAAUGAACCAAUCAUUUGACAGUUAACAUUGCAGCUGAAUUCACCUGCUUUAGCUCAUUUUGCGUAUAAUAGACUUCUGUAUGGCGAAAAAGAAAAAUGGCGACUCUAUUUCCGCACAAAUAUAAACUUCAAAAAUAUGAAACAUAAAAGCAGCAAUAAAUUAACAGCUACGUCAGCAUAAUGUCUCGGCAUGAGAGAAGACACAGCUUUGAUGGCUCGAAUACGCAAUUUCGAAAUUUCUCCGAGCAAAGUGGAUAUUAUAAAGGCCAGAACAACUCCAGGCGUGUACAUUUUGACGAUGAGUCGGUGAACUAUAACACUCCUAGCACGUUUUGUUUUGGUCGAAACACGGAUAAACUGCGCACUAAUCAACUCACUGUCCAUGAAAUCACAGCAAAGUUGAAACAUUCCUAUGAAAAUAUCAGCCAUGGACUCGAUGUGUUAGGUAAAGUAUCAAAAGAUUUAACUGGAAUGAGAGAAUGUUUAGGUUGUAGUAGAGGAAAUAGUAAAUUCAAACGUGAAAAUCUUUUUGAGAUCAAUCGAAUUUUAAGUGAGGUCGAAAACUUGCAACUUGCAUUGCAAAAAGCCGGCAACCGCAAAAGAAAAUACUUGGCAGAGUUGUCAAGGUUACAAACUACGUUACACAAUGACCGGAAGAAAAUGGAGAAUUGGGUUCGAUCAUCCAGGGAAUCCAAAGAUAAACUUCAGUGUAAGUUGGAUGAGACAUCAAGACUAACGCGUGAUCAGCAAGUACUGAUACACAAGUUGAAAAAUGACAAUGCAUCUCUAUGGCAAAUCUUACAAGAAAUCCAAAAGCAUCUCAACGAAGAAGAUACUAAUGUAUGUAAAAUGUUAGAGUCCUCAAGUCACAUAUGUGAUGAGACAAAACAAAACCUUAAUCUACCCACUCCUCAGAAAAAUUCGUAUGAGUUUAAUUGUGAUGUUUAUCCAGCGAGUGAUCAAGUUUCUUCCGUGGACAGCUUUCAAAAUGGUAGACGGAGCUCUGAUGGAGGCUCGUCCACGUCGAGUCAAGAACAGUACUUAUCAGAUAAACUCAAGCAGCUACUGGAGCAAUCGAAGAAUAUACAAAAACUUAUAUCAAAAGUUGGCAAUAAUAACACAAGCCAAGACAAUGCAUGUAAUUGUCGAUGUAACGAAAAAUGUACUUCUGCUCAGCCAGAAAUUUGUUGUCGGGCGGAAAAGUCGUGCGAAAUGAACACUCGGGAGAAUGCAGCAAAGACACAACGUGAUAAUAAUGAAAUUAUUCGCAGGUGUGAAGAGCUAGAAAGAAAGGUGGAGGAGUGUUCAACCAAGGAGAUUCGUGAGAGAAUCAUGCAACAGCUUCAAGACAUGGACAGCAACUCAUCAAUGCUUUCAAAUGAAAAUCAGCCAUGUUUUAAAAAAGACCAAUGGUGUGAGAACACCGUGUGUUGUACGAAAAAUGAAAGAUGGAGACCUGAAGAACACCGACAAGUUAGAGAAGAACUUUUAGGAUGUUUAGAUAAGAUGAUGUGCAUGGAGAAAAAUUUCAUGGAUGCACAAAACGAGAUUCAAAUGUUGAGACAAUAUGUUAAGGAGACUUGUACUAACAAAGAAAAGUUCGAACGUGAAACAAUAGAACAAAGUCGCGUAAUUGAACUUCAAACAAAAGAAAUCGAAACUCUAAAAAUAAAUUUAAAUGACGCUGUGCAGGAACUAAAGCAGAGUCAAAACAUGCUUGAUCACGUGACAAAAUUGGAGCAAACGCUGGAAGAGAAAAACAAAGAAAUUUCUAACAUGCGAUCCAAUGCUGGAUACGGUGCAUUACAGUUGAAAUCAACCCUUAACGAGAAAAGCAUAGAAUUAGAGAAAUUAAAGACUGAAAUGAACUUUGCAUUGGAAAUGAUGGAAAAAAUGCGAGCAAAUAAGGAAUCAAUUGAUAGGACUCACAUUGAAGAUGAGCUUUCAAUGCUUCAAGAUGCCAUCAACCAAAUCGAACGUCAAAUGCAAAUAGUCCAAGAGGAAAGCAUGUCAUACAAAAGGGAGUUGCAGCUAAAGCAGCAAGCUUAUUCAGAAUUGGAGAGCGAACAUCAAAUGUUGAUUUCCCGUUUAAAAACAACAGAAGAUGAAUCGCUGUUUUUGAGAAAAAGACUGGAAAUUGUCAAUAAAGAAUUUAAUAUCAGCUCUAUGUAUGAAAAAGAUGAACAAAUUAGAAAAUUAGAAUCCGAUUUAAGGAGAUUACUUGAAAAUGGAACCGCUGAUUUAAAUUAUGACCGAAAUGUAAAUCAACGUGAACAAGAACAAGAGAACCUGGUUUCCACAUUGAUUGACGAUAACAACAAAUACUUGGAAUUGAUACAAUACAAGGAUAGAACUAUCGACGAGUUGAGAAAAGACAUGGAUGCUCUUGCGAAUGCUUUGGAAAAACGAUUGAUGCAACAGCAAGUGGAAUCUUCUGAGGAUGGAGGACACCAAACAGGUGACGAAGAACAAAAUGAUGUAGAAGAAGAUGAUGAAGAAGAAGAAGAUGAAGAAGAAGAAGAAGGUGAAGAAGAGGAAGGUAUAGAAGAAACAGAUGCUGAUCCAGAAAAUGCAGCAAUUGGAGCUGAUAUCAGCCAUGAAUUAGACGCAAUUAAACAAAUGCUUGGUGUAUCUCAUUCAGAUAUCACUGAGAAAGUCCUGGGCCUACAUAAAGAUUUGAACAAACUGAAAGAUGAAAAUCAUUCCCUUCGUAAAUACCUGAAGCAUUCAAAUCCAUCCCAGUUUGAACAAUCUAAACAUCUCCAAAAACACAACGAAGACUUACAAACAGAAAAUACAACACUGAGAGAUAUGUUAAACAAACCUUAUCCCGGUAUUGUGGAAAAUAUCUUAAAUCAAGGAAAGGAGAUAAAGGAUUUGAAAGAAGAGAACAAACUUCUUCGGUUGGCUGUAGCUAAUAAUAAGAAAGGAUUGAUAGACAGUAACUUGAGGAAAAGAGAAAGAAUUAAAGAACUUGAACAAAGAAUCGGCGAGGUGCAAGGCCAGUCGGAUCGCUCUUCACAAAAAAGACCAUCAGAUUCUCAAGAAAGUUACAAUCCCUUCAAACAAACGAAUUCUCAAACUUCGCAAGAGAAAGCUUCAGGUUCCAAAGUAAAAAAUAAGGCAGAUCCAGCAUCAUCCCCAAGGCAAAGUUCACCCCGUGACACAAAUCCACCCGGAGAAAAAUUCCUCGAUGCAAUGAUGAAACAAAAUGAAAUGAUAGGAAGGUUACAAGCGGAUAACGAUAAAUUAAGAAGCAGAUUAUCUUCCGCGAAAGAAACUAAAAACUCGUUAGAAAAUGAAGUGGACAGGCUGCAACAGAAGGAGAAAGCGAAUGAAGCUCUAGAAAACGAACUGAUGUCUUUAAGAACAGCAUUGAAAGAAAUGAGCGAGGAUGCAGACUUGACUGCGUGUAAAAGAAAGAUUGGUGAAUUGCAGAACGAGGUGCAGAGAUUGAAGCAACACAAUGAAGAUAGUUUAGAUGAGACAACCGAGGAUGGAGUUACACCUGCUGGAAGUCCCGAUCGCAGUCGAUUAUCACUUAGUGCUUUUAAAGGUCCUGGAGGAGUUGCACGUGCUAAGAAGUUACUAUCAGAGAACUCACAACUGAGAAGUGAUCUUGAUAAAGCUCACCAAGAUUUGAAUCGGCUUGCAAAGAUUGCUGAAAGGUCAAAACAUAAUUCUUCUGCAGAUCAAGCUCAAAGAAACAAAAUGAAAAAGUUGGAAAACAAAGUUCAAAGAUUGGAAGAUGAAAAUUUUGCAUUGAAAGAUAAUAUGCAGGAUUUGCAGAGAACGAACAAUGAUGCAGAAUCUGAGUUGAUGUAUUUGAAAACAGAAGUUGAAAAUCUUACCGUAGAUAAAUCACAAGCUAACGAAGAGAUACAAAAAUUGAGAAGUUUCAUCAAGGACUGGCAUGACAGAAAAACAGAAGAGGGUGGCUUAACAGAAAUGGUCAGUGUGUUAAAUGAGACGGUAGACGAACUACAAAGACAAAAAGAUGUUGUAGAAGAUAAAUUAGCAAGAGCUGAGUCGGAGAAAGUAAAACUAGAAAAGGAAAUUUCAAGCUUAAAAGCAAACAACAAAAUGUCAACUGAUAAAACAAUUCGUCAAUUGGAAAAAGAAAAGGAAGAAUUAGAACAAAAGUUAGGCAAUGCAACAUUAGAUCUAACAAGCUCGCAAGAACAAAACAAAGAGCUCGAAGAAAUAAGUCAUAAGCUUGCAGAAGAAUUAGAAAAAGUUCGCAAUGAUAUCAGUGAGACCCAUUUUGCUGAUUGGCUUUCGCAGGAUGUUGAUCGCAGACUUGCCUUGUUGACUCCAGAAUCUCAUCGAAGCGAUGUAAACAUGGCGGAUGCAGAAAGUAGACAAAUCAAAAAAGAUCAAGCUAGAGUAAUUAGAAAGCUGCAAAUUGAGAAUCAAAUGCUGAGAGCUAAGUUGGUUAGCUUGGAAGACGAAGCUGCGGGAACAACGAAAAUUAUUGCUGACAUGGAACGUGGACAUGGUCACCUGACAGGGACAUUAAGAUGUCACUUAAUCCUGCAAAAAGCCGAAACUGGAAAGCUUUUAGAGGGAUCAUUACAACAAUAUUCUGGCGACUUUGAAAUCCUUAAGCGAAACUUCAGAAGUUUAGAAGAAAAGUACGACAAGGAGAAUAACUUUUCAAAACGACGUGAUCAUGCUUGGGAUUUGUUUGCAAACGCUUGCGCCACGAUGGAUAACAUACAGACUAUACUGAACGAAGGUUUAGUAAAAGUUGAGGAAGACAUCGAAAAAGAAUUAACAGACAAAGAGUUUGAAGAUAAAGAUUAUAAAUCUAGAUUGUGGAUUUUAAGACGAAGAUUAAGCGAUGUUGAGAACAGGCACCGCGAAUUACAACUACGGGCAGAAGAACUGAAUCUUCGAUUAGAUGCUAAAACAACGGAAUACGAAGUCACUCAAGAUGAAUUAGAGGACACGACACGUGACUUAGAAACACGAGAAACUUCCUUACAGUCACUAAAAAACGAAUUGAGAAAGUUAUCUAACGAAAAUGCGAAAUUAAAGACUUUGAUCAGUAGCUUGAGAGAAAAUCAAGACAAGACUGUCGGAGCUGUACUAAAUGAAAACGAUGCAUUACAGAAAGCUGCUAAUAAUCGAGACAAUAAGUUAAAAACAUACGAGUCGGACGUUGAAGACAUGAUGGCAAAGCUAGAUGAAAAAGACGCAGCUUUGAAUGUGAUGAAAAAAAUGCGAGAAAAUGCUGAGAAGGAAAUUGAAGCUCUAAAGAAUCGAAUACAAAUUUUGGAACGAAAACUAAAAGAUAUGACUGCACAACGUGAUAAAUUGAAGAAAGAAGCCGAUAAUCGUGCAGGAUACAUGGGGAACUGUCACGAUGAUCAUGGCACUAUACAUAUGCUUCGAGACGAUAUUAAACGCAUCUCAAAAGAGAAUGCACACUUGAAACAAGAUAUCCUUCUGAAGCAGAGGCAAAUGUACGACAUGUCGAAAGAUUUACAUAAAAUGAAAAUGCAUCGAGAUUUAGAUUCCAGCUUUAAUAAGGACAAAAAACUUAGUUUAAAAGAUGAAGUUGGCGUGAAAAUGAUUCACGAUUUAGCUGAACUCAAGGCGCAAAAAUUCUUGCUGGAAACAAAGCUUGAAGAUAUCGAAAGAAGAAAGGAAGAGAAAACCCAAAAAGAGUUUGUAGACCAGUUUGUUGAGAAUGCUUUCAAAAGUAAACUGAUCGAAAAAGAAAAGGAAAUUGAGCGCUUGAAGCGUGAAAAAGCAACUGGCAGAACAUCAAAGAGUCCAAACACCACUCGUGAUGACACCAUGAGUGACAUAAGUCCGUCAGUAUUUGACAGCUACAGUGACAGCAAAAGCAUAAGAGAUCUAAAACGACAGAUGAACAAACUCAGAGUAGAUAAUGAAUUGUUGAGAGAUGUUGUUGAACAAAAGAAUUUAGGGAGUCUAGUUGACUCUGAAAAGAAACAACGAGAAAACGCAAGACUAGUUGAUCAACAGAAAGCCGAGGUGGAGAGCUUAAGCACCGAGGUGGAGAAUAAACAAAAAAAGAUUAAAGAGUUGUUAAAAACUAUAGAAGAAAUGCAAGAUGGGAAGAUAGGGAAAUUGUCAAAAGAUCGUGUAACGAAAUUGAUCGAGAAAACAAAAGAAGAAGAAGUAAAAGCUUUGACGAAAAAAUUAAACAAAAAAGAUAAAGAAAUGGAAGAACUGAAAAGAAAGUGUGACGAAAAUGAUAAGGAAUUACAAAGGAUGAAGGCAACGCAAUCAGCAUUGUCAAAUGAUGAUGACAAAUUCCAAAAUUUGUACCUUAAUCGCAUGACUCCAACCAGAAGUGGUAACACACCAACGGAUGGCUAUCUUGACAAAAUGUCACCAAAAACUGCAGUCAACCAGUAUAAUAAAUCAUCAACUGUAGCCACUACUCCACAAAGUCAACGAAACACUGACAGUGGAUUUGCAAUGACACCAAAAAAUCAUACCAAAUCUGAGCAACCAAAUUACACCAAUACUGAUCUAAUCAACCUGGACGAACCUUUCUAUGAAGAAUUAAUGCCUUAUGAAGUCAUGAUUCCAGAAAGUCCAAAAGAAAAGAAAAAAAGUUCAGCAGAUGCAGUAAAGAAAACGCAAAUACCCACACGUAUACCUGUCACCCCUAACAAAAGAAAGCGUAUGCCUGAACCUACAGAUCAAAAACAAGAUGGUGGAGGUUAUGUAGUACCUAUUGAUGUAAAAAGUACGCCAAAAGAUGAAAAGAAAACAACUGCUGUAACAAAGAAGAAGACACCUCAGGUAAAACCUCAUGAAAUAUUUAUUCAAGACGAACUUAAAAUUCUCCGACUAAACGUAGGACUGACAGAACACGACACUUUACAAACUCUCGGACGCGACGCUUUUGAUAGCCUAAUUGACUAUCAAAUAUAUUCCCGAAAUUCUGACGAUAUUGCACAACUGCAAGACGACAUUGACGACCUUCGGAAUGAAAACGAAAAAUUACAAAAUAAACUACAAGAAAUGACAUUACCAGAUCAGCAACAAAAACUUCGAAAGGGAAAUGUUGGGGAACGUGAUGCUAACACGUCCAAUCAAGUUUUAAAAGAAAAACUUGAACUUAACAUUGACGAAAAUAAAACGCUUAAGGACUUGCUUGAAACCCAAUCACAGAAUGUAAAAAGCCAAGAAGCUGUGAUAAGAACAUUAAAGAAAGAUAUUACUGAUAAUAAAGCUAGACUUGAAAAGUAUAAAGAUGCAGCGACGAAAGAGAUGAAGGAGAAGAAAUUAGAAAAUCGAGAACUGAAGAAGCAAAUAAAAGAGAAUGGAAAGAACACUCAAAAGGACAAAAUUAAAUUAAACCUGAAUUUAAAGCAAGUAAAAGAAAAAUUACAUGCAGAAGAAGAAAAAGUCAAAACUCAGGAAAAAGUAAUUGAAGAUUUGGAAAGUCAACUGCAUUCACUGAGACACAAAAUAGAUACUAACCUCGAUUAUUCAAACCAGGAAAUCAAUGCCCUUAACAACAGUUUAACCAGUGAGGGGCUUAUGUUAGAAAAAUUGCGCUCUGAAAAUACUGAUUUUAAAAAACAUUUGUAUGAGAGGGAAAAAGAAAUAAACAAGUUAAAGGAAAAUCUUGAAACGAAAGAAGCAACAUACGAAAAAGUAUUAAAGAAUGCUGAGUCAGCUUUAGAGGAAGCCAAAUCAAAAUUAACACACCAGAAUAACAAAAAUGAAGAACUAAAAAAAAUCGUCGACGAAAUUUCAACUGAAAGAGCCAACGAAAAGAAUGCCUUUGACGAGGUGAAAGAGGAACUUAAAAAGGCUUUAGUGAAAAAGAACGAAAUUAUCGAAAACUUUGGAACCGAAUUAGAAGUUCUUCGUAAAUCGUCAAAAGAAAGUGAAGAGAAUUUAAAAGAGGAAAUAGCAAAUCUUGAAACGCAAUGUAAGGAGUACAAAACCAUCUUAGAAGAAAGUGCUUCUACAACUUCAGAAUUAAACUUAACAAAAAACGAGAACUCCACCCUAAGGAAUGAAAUAAAACAGAAACAACAAGAACUUGAAAUUUUUCAACAAAGACAUGAAUUAACACGAACAAACAAAGACGAAAUUAGCAGUUUGAAAGAGGAGUUAUCGCAAACGAAAUCCUCACUGGAGGAACUGAAGCGUCAACAUCAGAAACAGCACCAUAGGUUGCAAGAUUUGCAAAACCAAAACGUUGUAUUAACGCACACAAAUGAUUUGUUGUCUGAAGAGAAAUCAACACUUGUUGAAAGUUCUUUACAAACAGAUCCCAUUGAUGAUACCGAUGGAUUUGAAGGGAAUAUGGAGCUCGAAAUUGAAAUGGAAAUCUUAAGAGGAUGCAAUGAAGAACUGGAGAAAGAAGUUGAGGAACUACAAGACAAAAUAAAAGUAUUUGAAGAAGACAAUGUAGUCCGUGAAAAAGAGGUCAAGCAAGUGCAAGAUGAUUUGGGAAGAACUUUGGAAUAUUUAAGGGAAUUAUCAGAGGAAAAUGAAUUCAUAAAGAAUACCAAAACCGAGUUUCAGGCAAAGAUAACAUCACUGGAACAGGAGAAUGUAGAUUUAAAAGACAAAAUGUUAACUCUGGAGAAAGAUAACGAAUUUAAAGAAGAAGGCGAAUUACAAAAGCUAAAGGAUGAGUUAAAAAAUGCAAAGGUUACAAUCGACAAAAAUGGCAAUAUGAUUGAAGAGAUGGAAAGUGUAAUGGACCAACUAGAAGAGGAGCUUAAGGCAAGAGAUAAAAUCAUUAAUGAAGAUAAAAUAGCUCAUGAUAAAAGCAUCAAAGAGCUUGAAUCAGUUGUCAACGACUUGGAGGAGGAAAUUCAAUCGAAGGCUACUGAACACGAGCAGUCGCAAGUGUACAAUAAAAAAGCAAGAGAGAUUUUGGAAAUGUCUUUUAAAGCAUACCAACAGCAGCAAAGCGAGGAGGUUUUUAAACUUAAUAAUAGUAUUAAUGAUUUAACCAACAAGUUAGAUUGGUCGCAGUAUGAGAAUAAGGAAAAGAGCAAAGAAAACAAAACUUUGAAAAUUGCCAUUGAUGAGUGGAUAAAGAAAUCAGCCUCGCAAACAGAAGAAAUGAACCGUUUACAAGAUCAGCUCAUCAGCCAGAGCGAAGCCAAUCAAAAUGGGGACGGUUAUUUCUUAGCCAACCAAUGUAACGACAAAUAUGUGUGGUCCAAUCAGAUUGAUAUCUUGAAAACGGAAAUUGAAAAUAAAAAUAGUUUAGUGAAGAAUUUACAAAUUGAACUGCAAGGUAAAGAAGAACAAUAUAGUAAAGUUUUGUCGGCAUUAAAUCGACGUCGCGAUGAAUCGAAAACAUUUAUUUCAAUGCAAGAUAAAAUGCAGAAUGAGCUUGAUAGUAAAGAAGAUUUAAUACGAAAAUUGAUGUUUAAAUUAAAAUCAAAUUCACUCGAUGUUACAGAAACGUCUUUAAAUCUUUCUGAUAAUUCUAUUGAAGAUAUCGAGUUAGAUAUUGAAUUAGGGGAGGAUUUUGCGUUACAAAAUAAAAAUGUUAAGGAAGUAGAGGAUGAUCAAUCACGUGCUUUUAAUUCGUUGUCGGAACUGCUUUCGUCAACGCGAAAACGAAAUCACCGCUUAAAUACUGAUUUAGAAAAUUGUCGAAGAAAAGUCCUGCAGGUUGGAAAAGAAAAGAGCCAAGCAGAAAACAAGUGUGAACUCUUGGAAGUUGAGUUGGACGAUGUGAAAACAAAAUUAAAAGAAUUACGCACAAUAAUGCAAGAGUCGCCCGAUGUUAGUUUUGGGGACGAAAAUAAAGCAGUGGCCAUGAAAGCGAAACUUUACAGCGCGUAUAAAGAACUACGAGAAAGAUCCAUUGAAAUCGCAACACUUCGAAUGUCACUGGAGAUCAAAGACCUCGAAAUUGAAUCGUUAGAAAAGGAAAUACGGCAACAAAAUACCAAAGAUUCAUUGGUUGAUCAUAAGGGCCAAUUAGAACACAAAUCUGAAUGCACGCAUUCGAAUGAUAUAAAGAGCUUAGUGCAAGAACUCGAGGAACGAGAAGAAUGCGAACGAGUUUUACAAAACCAGCUUACCGAGUUAAGAAACGGGUUGAUGAGUAAAACGAAACAUUGUGAUUAUAUACAAAACGAACUUGUUAAAGUUGUCGGUAGGUUUAAAGAUGUUGAAAAAAGCCUUCUAGAGCAAGAUAAAUCGUUGAAGGAAAGGUUUUUAUACACUAAUGAAGAAAAUUCAGAUUUAUCUGAGAUCACACCCUUAACGACUAAUAGUUUUUCAACACUCGUUCUCGAAGAAACGAUAACACCGAGUAUUGUCGGAAUUAACGAGCAGGGUAACCGAACGUACUUGCUGGACGAAGAAAACGAAGAAGAGAAUAAUGAAAAACAAAACAAACAGAAUAAAAUCAAGAGACUUGAAGAAUUGAGUUUAAAGCAGCAGGAAGAAAAUCUUUACUUUAAAGCCCAAAUCAAUGGGCUAGAAUCUAAAAUGAAAAUAUUAUCUGGUGAGAAAAAAGAUUUAGAAAGAGAAAACAAAAACUUGAAAGAGGAACAUGAAAUAAAGAUUGAAGAAUUAAUGCACGAGAUUUUAAAAAUGGAAGACGAGUUAGCCCUCAAAGAAGAUGAAAUCAAAAACCUGAGACAAGAUUCUUUCGACAUGACGACAUCUGACAAUAACGGCUUGACUAGCAACAAAACAUCAGAAUUAUCGCAAUACAGAACAGAUAACGCCCGUUUAAAAGACCAGCUCGCAAUACAAGUAAAAAGACACGAGGUCGAGAUGGAACACUUGAAGUCAACAUUGCUCAACUUAAAAGCCGAGCAUGUGUUUUCAUUAACUCUUUCUAUACCACGUGAAUUUCAUGGUAAAUUUGGUAGCCCUUGAAAAAGCCUCAUAUCUUUUGAUUGAAACAUUAUUAGGAAAUCUAUGACCCCUCAAAAGAAAGGUAAAAGAUCAAGGAUUCCAAAUAAAAAAAAAAAAUUUCAAAAUUCAUAAUGGCCAAAAUCCAUAAUGGCGGAAAAGCUGUUGAAAUUUUUAGAGAAAAUGGUGCCAGUCAUGCAAAAGGAAUGAGAUUGUGAAAGAAAAAUGUUCAGCGACGAAAGACACAGUUUGCCGCUGUCCCACAGGGUUUGUAUACGAUCCUAUCAAACCUUGUGAACCAUGCAAGGAUGCGGAAAAUUGUGAGGACAAUGGAGACAAUGGAGGCAAUGAAG